CUAACAGCUAAGCUUCUUGCGCGAAUUCUGGAGAAGCGUUUGUGGAGUCUUUCCGAUCGUGUUAGUGCACUUGGUGCUAUCAGGAUGGAGCGGGAUUUCACUGGAAUGGUAGAUGCCGUUUCGAAGAGUAACUACAGUGUUCGAGAGCUGUUUGUUAGA